GCUAGCGGGCCCCAGACGUCGGCGUCUCGCUGCCCGCGUCGCAUCUCCAACCCCGCACGACCCAUCUCUCCAUGCUCCUCCGCCUCCUCUCGUCCGCCUCUCGCGCCAUCGCAGCAAAACCUCACCCACCCCAAACCCUAGCAGCUGCUGCAGCUGGCGCCACCUCAACAACCCGGAAGCUCGCAGCCAUGGCGGGUAACCGGGAGGCGUUCCGCGUGGCGGUGGGGAACACGCUCGAGCGGCGCCUCUUCUACGUGCCGUCCUUCAAGAUCUACGGAGGCGUCGCGGGGCUCUAUGACUACGGGCCGCCGGGGUGCGCCGUCAAGGCAAACGUCCUCGCCUUCUGGCGCCAGCAUUUCGUGUUGGAGGAAGGGAUGCUUGAGGUGGACUGUCCAUGUGUGACACCAGAAGUUGUCUUGAAGGCCUCUGGCCAUGUCGAAAAGUUUACGGACUUGAUGGUUAAAGAUGAAAAGACAGGCAGCUGUUAUCGUGCUGAUCACUUACUCAAGGACUUCUGUAAGGAGAAGCUCGAGAAUGACAAUACAUUGUCACCACAGAAGGAAGAAGAAUUAAACCAUAUUCUUGCUGUCUUGGAUGAUCUGUCAGCAGAACAAUUAGGCGCUAAGAUUAAGGAGUAUGGGAUUGCUGCUCCUGACACAAAGAAUCCAUUGUCAGAUCCAUACCCCUUUAAUCUCAUGUUUCAGACUUCCAUUGGACCAUCAGGUUUGAGCACAGGGUAUAUGAGGCCAGAGACAGCACAGGGUAUCUUUGUGAACUUCAAAGACUUGUAUUACUACAAUGGCAACAAACUACCCUUCGCUGCAGCCCAAAUCGGCCAGGCUUUCCGCAACGAGAUAUCUCCCCGUCAAGGCCUUCUAAGAGUCCGUGAAUUUACGUUGGCGGAGAUUGAGCACUUUGUGGACCCAGAGGACAAGUCUCAUCCAAAGUUUAGUGAUGUUUCUGAUCUAGAGUUCCUGAUGUUUCCGAGAGAAGAUCAACUGACAGGAAGAUCCGCCACUAGAGUUAGGCUCGGUGAAGCUGUUUCUGAGGGAACUGUGAACAAUGAGACCCUUGGCUUCUUUAUUGGAAGGGUCUAUCUCUUCUUGACGCAGCUUGGGAUUGACAAAGACCGUCUACGGUUCCGGCAGCAUCUGCCAAAUGAAAUGGCUCACUAUGCUGCUGAUUGUUGGGAUGCAGAGAUUGAAUGCUCUUAUGGAUGGAUCGAGUGUGUUGGAAUUGCUGAUAGGUCAGCGUAUGACUUGCGUGCCCACUCGGAUAAAAGUGGUGUUCCACUCGAAGCUCAUGAAAAAUUCGCAGAGCCCAGAGAAGUGGAGAAGUUAGUUAUAACCCCAUCAAAGAAGGAGCUUGGUCUUGCAUUCAAAGGGGACCAAAAGAUGGUUCUCGAAGCAUUGGAAGCCAUGGGUGAAACUGAAGCUCUGGGUAUGAAAGCAGCUUUAGAGUCUAAAGGGGAUGUUGAGUUUAAGGUUUGUACCCUUGGGAAGGAUGUUACCAUAAAGAGAAAUAUGGUUUCAAUUAACAUGGAGAAGAAAAAGGAACAUCAAAGGAAGUUCACUCCUUCUGUCAUAGAGCCAUCAUUUGGCAUAGGGAGAAUUAUUUACUGCUUGUUCGAACAUUGCUUCUAUCAAAGGACUGGCAAGACAGAUGAUGAGCAGUUGAAUGUGUUUCGUUUUCCCCCUCUUGUUGCUCCAAUUAAGUGUACUGUGUUUCCGCUGGUCAAGGUUGAGAAAUUUGAUGUUGUUGCCAAGAAAAUUUCAAAAGCUUUGACAACAGCAGGGAUUUCUCACAUUAUCGACAUCACAGGCACUUCGAUUGGUAAGCGGUAUGCAAGGACAGACGAAAUCGGCGUCCCCCUGGCGAUCACAGUCGACUCAACUACAAGUGUGACUGUUCGUGACCGGGACAGCAAGGAUCAGAUCCGUGUGGAGGUCGACGAGGUGGCUUUGGUUGUGAAGGAAGUGACCGAUGGGCAGAGCACCUGGGCAGACAUCAUGUGGAGAUACCCAGCACAUACCGCCUUGGCCACCGAUGAGGAAGAAGCUUCAGAAACCUGAAGGGUACAGUCGAAGAGUCUUCCAUGGGUUGAAUGAUGUUUGGCUUCCUGAGUUUCCGAUGUGUGUCCUGUUAACAGAAAUACUAAUAGAGCGUUGCCCUGUAAUCCUAGUCCUGUUUUCCCUUCACGUAUGGUUUUCAUCCGUUCCCUGUCAAUAUUUACUGUAUCUACAUGCUCAUCUCGUGUGAUUAAAUGGAAGAGACGUGUGCAUGAUUUUCUUUUGGUCGGAUUGA